AUGAAAACGUAUAAGGGUUACUCUAAGGAUAAGAUAAGUGUAGAAGAUUAUAAUCAAUUAGCUAACGGUUAUGAUGUGACGAAUGAAUUUAAGAAAAAAUGGGAAAAAAGUUUCGCAAAUGGAAUAGUUAUUCCAAAGGAUGAUUAUAAUCAAAAGACGUUAUCUGAAUCUCCUCGGGCACUGAUAGAAGAAGAAGAGGAAAAGAAGUUAGGAGAGAAUACAAAGGUGAAAGAAGCAGAUAAAAGGAAGGUCGAAGAAGGUCUACAAGUGAGGAAUAUUGCAGUGGAUUCUUUGAAAGAUAAACCAAAUGAAGGGCCUUCUAGUGCUAAAAAGAAAAAGAAGACCUCUACAUCAACUGAUUAUGUUGCCUACCUCAAGGAGAAAAAUGAUCGGGACUUUGCAUUGAGGUCAGAAGAACUCAAGUUGUCCCAGAAACAACUGGAUAUGGAAAUGAAGGAAUCUGAGGUCCGAAGAAAAAAAGAUGAUGCAAUUCUUGAAAUUUUAAUAAAACCAAUGAACAAAUAA